AAAUAAGAGGCAGCAGGUGCCGGAUUUGAAAGGAUUUGCUAACAAAGAGUGCAAGUAACAUGUGGUGAGGAGGACAGUUAAAAAGAUGUGCACCAUUCUCUGCUGAGAGGAUAAAGGGCAGCUGGAGACCCUGCUUUCAUCCGCACCAGCACCUCUAAGCAGAGGCACAAGCUGCAUAGUACAGACUCAGCCCAGGAUGACGUCAGCCAGCCUCUAGCAUCAGCAGCAGGACCAGAAGUGAUUGAAUGCACACAACAGCCGGGCAGACUCUCUUCGUAUUGCCAUCCAAACCCCAGCAACUGCAAGGCAUAAACCACAGCCAACGCAAGCAUCUCAUUCACUUUAAAACUGGGUUCUUGCCUUUCUAGAUUUUUCUUUGAAAAAGACAGCCUACAGGUUGAUGCUGCAUAGGAGGCACAAAAGGAAAAGGAAUUGCCAGAUCUUUUUUGCUACCUAAUCAGGAGGGUGUUGUUGCCAUAUUAUUAAUAUCAGCUUGAUAUUAAUUUUGUAUAUCUAGAGGGGUCCCUCCCUCUAUCCUUUAUUUGCUUGUCCUUAAGACUAAUGGUUCCUUUUUCAUCCAUGUGGCUUUCUGUAACAAGACCAGUUACUGCAGCUUGCCGCAUAGAUUAGAUGUUUUUUUUCUCUGUCUCAAGAUGUGAUACUCGUUUUGGAUUUGUAUUUCAUCCUUAAUGUGAGCAGCCGGCUUAGAGCUGAGGAUGGGAGCUGUAUGAAUAUUUAAGGAGCUGUAUGAGAAUUUAACUACAUGCGACUGUGGGUUACUGGUAAAUAUUCUGCACAUGGUCACAGCAGGAAAAGCCUGUACCCUUGAUGCAAUUCAUCAAACAAAGGAAUCUUAGCAGGCAGGGAAGGCAAUGCUUCAGUAAAGUGCACUUGAUCAGGAGACGGCUUGGGAUUGUCACCGUACUGAGAGGGAUGCAAGACUGGAUAGGAUUUUCCCUGCUGCUACCUGAGAGGCGCUCUCUCCUUUUAUCUGCUUCUCAUCACUGAGGUCAGGGGGUACAGAAACAAUCUGUUUUGGAUCUAGCUGCUUUACAUCUUAUUAAUGUGGGCACACUCAUAUUUUAUUGUUUAAAUUACAUCUUAUUAUCAGUUUUUAAGUUAUUUCUGGGUGAUGCUCAUUCCUAUUGCAGUGUGUUUUUACUGACCACAAAAAGCAUCCUCUUCACUACUCAGGUACAUAAGGAAUUAUAACAUCAUUGCAUAGAAUCUGCAGCAUGACACACUUGCAGGCAGGCCUGUCUCCGGAGACACUAGAGAAAGCCCGAUUGGAGCUAAAUGAAAAUCCAGACACCUUGCAUCAAGACAUUCAGGAGGUGAGGGACAUGGUAAUUACAAGGCCAGAUAUAGGCUUUCUCAGGACUGAUGAUGCUUUCAUUUUAAGGUUUUUAAGGGCCAGGAAGUUUAAUCAUUUUGAGGCAUUCCGCUUGUUAGCCCAGUACUUUGAGUAUCGCCAGCAGAACCUGGACAUGUUCAAGAACUUCAAGGCCACAGAUCCAGGCAUCAAGCAAGGACUAAAGGAUGGAUUCCCUGGUGUGCUCUCCAAUCUUGAUCACUUUGGUAGGAAGAUCCUGGUGUUGUUUGCUGCCAACUGGGACCAGAGCAGGUAUACUCUUGUAGACAUUCUACGGGCAAUACUGCUAUCACUGGAAGCUAUGAUAGAAGACCCAGAACUACAAGUCAAUGGAUUUGUUUUGAUUAUAGAUUGGAGCAACUUCACCUUUAAACAAGCAUCCAAACUUACUCCAAGCAUGCUGAGAUUGGCCAUUGAAGGUCUGCAGGACAGUUUUCCUGCACGGUUUGGAGGAAUACAUUUUGUCAAUCAACCUUGGUAUAUACAUGCCCUGUACACUGUUAUAAGACCAUUCUUAAAGGAAAAGACACGGAAAAGGAUAUUUUUGCAUGGGAAUAAUCUGAACAGUUUGCAUCAGUUAAUUCACCCAGAGAUUCUACCUUCUGAGUUUGGAGGAAUGCUGCCACCUUAUGACAUGGGAACAUGGGCAAGAACAUUGUUGGAUCAUGAGUAUGAUGAUGAGAGUGAAUACAAUGUGGAAUCUUAUAGUAUGCCAACAAAAGAGGUGGAAAAGGACUUGUCUCCUAAAGCCAUGAAAAGAUCACAGUCAGUAGUGGAUCCAGGUGUGUUGAAACACAAUGACAAAAAUGAAGAAGAAAACCUGCAGCCUUUAUUGUCGCUUGAUUAGCACUUUCAUGGCAACAGCUCCUGCUGAGAGUCAGAACUUUCUGAAAUAGUGAAACACAUUAAAAGAAUGUAACUGGAAAAUAUUAUGUAUGUAAUGUUAAGAGGUGUAAUCACACAAAAGUGUUCUUUGCAGUUUUGAGAGCCCACCAAUGCAUUAAUGCAUUUAUUCUGUAAGUGCCAAUUUGUCUGUAAAUAGAGUCCAAUGUGAUCUAUCUUUAGAUUUAUAUGACUAGAACAUGUGAACAAAAUGUAAACACCAAUUUAUGUCUGAAAAUGUGUACUGUACAAAAAACAUAAAACACAGAAAAUAUCAUUGUCCUAGGCUCCAUGUUUUUUAUAAAAAGCCAUAAAGCAGCUGCCACACUGCAUUUACUUUGAGUACAGCAUAGAGGAAUUUCUGUACAAAAUUGUUUUGCUAAUUAAAAAAAAGAAACAUUUAUAACUGUAUAGUAACAUUAUACUGGGGUCUGCAGUUUAUCUUGCUUGGCUUAAUGAAUUAAAAACCAGAGAAAAGAAUAUCUGUAAUGUGCCAAAUUGGCUUGCUUUGGGGAUUUGUGAUGUUAUUUUUUUAUAGUGUCAUUACAGCCUGUCAGUGAAAUAUAUAAAAAUAACACAGAGUGCAAACACAGUGCCAUAAAAUGGAAUUAAUUGGAUACACUCAAACCACUUUUGAAACUCAUAUUGUGCUUCACAAUUAUAGAGCAAUCCAACAAUGAUAACGCUAUCUAAGAUCUUGUAUAUAGUUUACUGUUGGGUUUAUGUAGUCACUCAGAUCAUAUUUUAUCAUCUGCCGAUAGUAAACAAACACAUUAGGUCACACUAUACUAAAAUGUACUUAUUGUUACACUUAAGGUGAUAUACAUACAGUAUAUACUGCUGCACAGAAUUUAAAUACCACUUUACAGUGAAGCAAAUUAUGUUUAAUGUUAUCUUUUUUGGUAAGUUCUUUUAUGUGGGUUAUUAUGUAAUGCACUGUAAUUUCCAACACAAUUUUAUAUUAGUUACUAUACUUUGGCAAAUGCUGUGCUCAAAGAGUGCAUAUUCAAAGAGUUUUGGUAAAACAUAUUCUUUAAUACACAGCCUGGACCUUACUGAUUUAUGAGCUUGGCCUUGAAAUGUGCAAACAAAAACCUACCAAGUUAACAGAGCAGUCAAAAAACAAAGGCUCUAUCAGAAAAACCACCACAGACACAUUUUUAAUCUAUGCUGGGGCUGGAGGGAAAACAGAAAUCUAUGAUAAUAUGAGUAAUGAGACAUUUAAGUUUGUAAUUUUGUAUGUAAAUGGUUAAAAAUCCUUU